UCAUUUCCUGUGCGGCGACGUGCACCAUGGAUACAUGCAUCUGCUAUAAAUAGUUAUAUUAAUUAACGAGGGCGCGCCUCCCCUCGCGGCUGAAAGGGAUCUGGUCUUAGUGCGCAGUGACCAGCAUCGCCAUUGAUAAUUAUCUGGAUACCCCGUUGCAGUCUGGGGCAGCGUUAAGGUCCAACGCUGAUUUGCCUGCCACCAUGGGACUGGAGUAUCUGGGCCUGGAUGCUGUGGGAUGGCAUCGGAUGAUAUCGACGUGGUGGGAUAAGGUAAUAGCAGCAUGUUUAUUAGCGACCAUUGUUCUUGGUGUGGUUUAUAUCUUGGCCGUUAUCGGCCGGAAGAUCUACAAGAUUUGGCAGGCGCGCCACCAACUUUCCGAAGUUCCAACGGCCGUUGCCCGUUAUUUUGAUCAACUCAAAACAAAGAAUGCACCCCUUGCGUCGGAGAAAUCGUCCGCGAAGGAGCUUAAAUCUUUUGGUGUUUUUCUCGGCGGAUUUUCCAAUCCUCCGACGCCUGCCGAGGCCACGCUUCUCGCGCAAUGGGAUAUUCUCGUCGUGGAUCCCCUUCAAGACGGGGUUCGGGACGUGUUAGCGGGCCACUCUACCUCGUCGCAUAUUCUAGCCCGGAUUGAUGUUCGAAGUCUGGUGCGCUCCGAUGCUAGUCGCGAUAAUAAUGAUGUCCUCGAAUCUCUGCGCGUGGUGGUCCAGACCCUGACCACUUCCCUCGGCCGCAGUCAAGGCGCUUCGCCUUUUCAUGGCGUACUUCUGGCUGACUGUCUUGCGCAAUUCCAACCCGUGGUGUUGAAUGAGUUGGUCAAAUACAUGAACCACCUCGGCCUGGUCGUGUGGCUGGAAUUAUCGCCACCGGAGUACCUGAGCGAGCAGCAAGGCCGGGCCAUUGAUAUGACACAGAUCCGUGGUGUGGUCUACCGCAACGGUACCAUCCUAACAGACGGCGACAGACGCAAUUAUUUUCAGAUGGCGGAGAUGCGCACUGCCAUGCGAGUCGUGGCGUCACAAAAGGCCGUCGGUGACUCGGCUAUCGCCAUGUGGGACACAAUUGACAAUGACGUCGAGCUCUCCCAUCACGUCCUUGGACGCAGCUUCAAGUGGUGCAACUAUAACAGCGCCCUAUGCUGGAUCGCACCCCAGUCGGCACUCACGAACGCCGAUAUCGCCGUUGCGAAGACGGUGACUCAGGAGCCCCUUGGAGCCAUGAUGUGGUUGAAGCGCGGCGAGGUUCUGGAAGCGCAUGAUGUUUGGAGAUUUAAUAAUAAGAUCUCUCAGACGCCGUGCCGAAAUGAGGGAGUGUAUGACUCUCUGGAGUCUUUCCUCCCGGGCCUGAGGGCAAAGCUCACCUUAUCGCCCCCGGUGAAAUAUCCAGGGGCCGAUAGUCGCGGCUCUGCAAUCCAUGGGCUAGAAUGGUCCGGAAGGACCGAAAGCCCACAAACAGAUAUCCUUUCUGUCUCCCCUGACGGGACCAGCUAUACAGGGCUGGGAUGUUUUCAGAUCGGUUUAGACUGCACAUCGAAAGACGUUGCCGACCUUCUGGAAAGCCAGCGGCAAGUUAGGGACCUCGAUCUGCUUCAGCGCAUCCAGGCAGACGAGCUGCGUCUAAUUACCGAGCCAUUGCGUGUCUUGCUGAAGGCCCAAAGCUCGUAUCCUUACAUUUCCUCGGAACUCCAGUCUAUCAGAGAUUUGGUUGACCUUCUCACUGUCUGCAGAGGUGACGAGAAUGAUAGACUUCGAAUUUAUGUUGGUCUGCACUCGGGUUUCCGCACCCGCUUGGGAGCCCAGAUUUGGGGGUUACAUGAUCUUGAUCCAAGCAUGGGCGUGCUGAAUAUCUAUCUAUCCGGGAAGACGCAGGACCGCACUGGCACCAUUCUCCACACAUAUCUGGCCAACCGAGGAUUUAGCCGUUCUCAGUGCUUCUUGACAGAGAUGGCUCUGGCCGCCGAGAAUCAGAUGCUGUCGCAGAUCUGGGACUUGCCUCAGCGUAUGGUCGACGAUGUCGAACAACUUACUCCGGCUGAGACACUUGCAUGGCUCCGGCGUCUGGCCUUGUCAAGCCAUGACGACCCCGUGAAAUUGUCUGCCAAGCUACGCGCCUGCGGAGAGUACCAGGUCUUGGAUGCCCCGUCUCUAGCCCAACUCCGAGACCUGAACUCAAGUGCGUAUCUUGAUGAGCAAGUCUCGCCCGCGGAGGUGGUUGCUUCACGUCUGGAGUGGUUUAGGGAGCAGGGAUGCUGGUGUCCCGAUCCAGCCGCUGCUGAGGCUCUAUUCUGCGAGGUUGAUGCCCAAUUGCCAGGGCUUCUCAUGGAUGGACAAGCAGAAUUUCUGGAUCAACUAACAACUGUCUUCCAGACCAUCCUCCAGAAGGGUGAAAUCGAUGCCAGCGCCGAUAUUCUAGCUCUGAGCGUGUUCUGCGCUUUCCGUCGUCUUGCACUGAAUGAAAUCUACCUGGAAGUCCUGGACCGCAACCCUCUGCCCAACCUCGAACCAGUCCAAGCGGCCUGUUUUGCUGAGAUGUAUGCCUGUGGUGCGCGCACAGAUAUGUAUUUUGAUACCACACCAAAGCGUCUGGGACAGAUCAUCUGGCGCUGGUACCGUGCCUAUUAUCACAAAUACCAGCCUCCUCAACGAGAGGAGGUUUUCACGGAACUCCCGACCGCGUACGCCUCCAUGAAUGUGGAUUUGGAUCCCAAUGCAAAAGAUACCAUUCCUUGGCACUAUCGUCUGACGUUCCUGGGUAUCUUCGCUGUUCCGGCGCUGAUCGAUGUUACCAUGCUGACGACCGUCGGACGAGGCCUCUAUCUGACCACCUACAUGAGUGAUCUGGAUAAAACUCUCGCCACUACUGCAUUGAUGAUAGCCCUUCUCGUCUGCGGUGGGUUUGGUAGCUGGAUCAGCUCUGGUGGUAGCUACUACUUGUAUGCCAUGGCGUUUCCCGCAAUGAGCAUGUUCGUCCUCACCCGCUUCAUCGCUGGCCUGGCGGUGGCUUUCGUCGGGGGCAUCAUCGCACUGAUCGUGGUUGGUGUGCUCAAGGGUUUUGCGGCAGGCAUCUUGUUCUUCCUGUACUUUGUGAUGCUGUCGACUUAUCUUAUGACCCUUUCAGCUCUUUCGGUCUAUCAGCUUCCAGGAUAUCAGUUUCAAUCGGGGCGAUCCACCAUCAUGGCAUGCAUCCCGAUUCUUUUCAUCUCGCCAAUUGUUACCUUGUGGGUGCAUCGUGACUCGGUGAUUUACCUCUGCAUUUUGGGACUGUUUCUGGCAAACCUGCUCCUGGGUGCACGGAGAGUCAUCUCCCGGUGGAACAGAUGGUAUCUGAAUAUCCCUUGUGUGACGGAUACGGAGGUUGUCAAUUGGUACAUGCAAGCUCAAGGAUCGAGCUAUAUCGGGUCCUCAACCGAGAAGGUGAAGGACGUCGGAGCAGAUGCCCGCCAGGCCCUCUUGGCCAGCGUCCACAGGGAAAACAAGAAGUGGGUGUGGAACAAGAAGACGACAGACCCCUUCAUCGCCAAGAUGGCCGAGGGCUACUCCGCCACGACGUUUCUCCUAGGAUGGUACUGCCGUUAUUCGAGGACUAAGAUGCCUUUGCCAUACAGCCCCACCUGGAACCUGCAACUCAAAGCGGCGGUUGAUACCAUGUCCGAGAUGCAAAAGGGUCUGAAAAUGCACAACGCCUUCUUGCACUGGCGUCACACCGGUGCCGACGUCUGGUGUGGUAUCUUGUACUUCAUAGUCGCCCUGUCCGAUAAGUGGUCGGCGUUGCUCACGGGCGAGUCCAUUGUCGGUUUGUCCGCAGCUAACAGCGCAAAGUAUCGCCUCACUGUGGGUUUCGCGCUAGGGUACUAUCUAUUAGGCGCAGUGAUCCUUGACGCCGUCUCGCAACCACUAUGGACACUCGUCCAUAAGGCCACUCCUCAGCCCGUCUCCUCGCUAGCUAGCCUUCGCGAGGUUACCCUCAACGACGCCAAGGCGCGCCGGAGAUUGUAUUGGAGAUCUCUUAUGAAAUUCUUCUUUCUGCACAUCUGGGGUGCCGCCGUCACCAUGGCCAUCAUGUGGACCUUUGAGGGUUCGAUGACCUCCACGAUCAUGUACUUGUGUUACGUUGGCUGCUACAGCGGUCUUCUCUGGUAUCAGUACAACCGCAUCUUCACCGGGCCUCAUGUGGCCGGUGGUCUCGCUAUCUCCGCCAUUGCUGGAUUGGUCGUGGGCAUUAUUCUGCAUGAGGUGCUUCCGGCGUUUGAAUAUAGCAGUGUCAUCGGCCUGGCUUCGGGCACCUGGAGUGCCGCGAUCUAUUCCCUCUUGAGGUCUGACAUCGGCCUGCCAAGCUCCAAGGGCCCGACGGAGGAACCCACUCAGCUUGAUGUCCAAGGAAAAUCGUUGUCUCACGGUGUCAGCACUCUUGAGCCAUACCCAGAUCUCUCACAGAAUACCAUGUCUCAGAUGUUCGACAACAUCCUCAUGCUGUCGGACGAAUUCCGAUACAAACUGGAUCCUGCCCAGCAUCCGGGGGUUGAAGUCAUGCAGAUUCUUCGCUCCGACCGCCAGCUCUGGAAAUCAAAGCUGAUGCAGGCCGCAUUCCCGGGCGCUGCUGAGUUGGUGGGACGCGUCGCAGAGCUCUGGCAAGCGGGAAACGUAACCGUGGAGCUUGUCUCAGCAGCUCACCUGAUCCAACCGGAACAGAAAAUUCGCGCUAUCAGUCGGUGCGCCGGAGAUCAUGUUCACAUUUUCGUCGUUAUUGGCCCUGAUCUUGUUGGCUACGACUGGGUAUCCGACAUCCGCCGAAACUGCCAGACCAUUGCAGAAGCAGUCGUCCAAGCCACUGCAGAGUUCAAACUGGGGCUUUCCCACGACCAUUCCAUGGUGGCAGAGCUUCUGGUCGCAAACGACCGACAGGGUGAGGAUAUCUCCUUACCCGAGGGCAUCAAGCGCCAGUUGGAAAGUAGCUCGACAGAUCGAGGUAGAGUCAUGAACCACGGGCAACAAACGAUUUUGCGCCACCUUCUGCUCGGUAUGGAUUGUGAUCAGGAAUGGGAUCAUCUUCCUCAAGCGGCAAGAUCUUUGCUUCUGCGACGGACUUGCGGUCAGCCAUGCCGUGUGUCAUCAGAACAGAUUGCCUGGCUUCGCUCUAGAGCGUGCACCGGCGAGACCCUUUCUAUUGAGGAGUUCAUUGCUCGCUGGAAUCUGGGUGUCAAGCUGACAGUCGCUGUGACAUGUUUCGCUGCAGCGUCGGAAACGCAUCACCAAAUCCAAGAUGAACCGGAGUUUAUGAACUCCAAGUACGAUAAGCCGAUUCGGAAUCUUCUUGCCCUCACCGAGCACACUCCAGCAAUUGGCUUUACCGAAGCGCUUCGACUAUCCUUUGCUCGCCUUGUGCAAAUUUGGCACGCGUGUAUCAAGUUUACUGUCAUCUCUCUGGUGGCAGACCCGGAAUAUCAACGCGAGUUGGAUUCCAUGCUUCGAGGGCAGCCGUUGAUCUUUGCUGGGCCUAUUAAUUUCGUGUUGAAUGGAGUCUGGAUGUUCUGUAAACACCUGCAACGCCUCAUCAUCCCGUUUGUUCUGUUGCACGGACGGGAAAAGCUCUCCAACCUUUAUCGCAACAGGAAGGACUGGAAGACGGUGGUCCAUCAAGACCGUAUCGUUGUAGAGAGCUUAAGCGGCAUCUCGACCGGGUUCUUCCGACCAGAGUCAGACGGCACUCUCCAGCUGUAUCAAUACUCGGGACGCCACGAUCACGAACCGAGCGAUUACAAGCAACUGGUGGCUAUCAACACGUACACCGACAAGCUAGUCCUUUCGCGUCGCCAAGAGUACCGUGGCGAUGCUCUGCUCAACGAGUUCACGUAUGAGUACCCGCAGGACAACCGGAAGGGGCGUAAGUUGCCCACUCAGCGAGAGUGCACGCAGGGCGAGUUGAGCGGACAGAUCGUCCAAUAUGACAAGCGCGGUUACAUGAGUUCCGGCUCCGCCAUGCGAGGGGUGAACCCGGUCGAAUUCAAGUUCUGGUACCGGAAGGGUGCCAAGUUUGAAGAUGAGCUCCUGCGCGCCGACUAUGUUCUGCCGCAUAUCAAGAUCCAUGUGGCCUGGUGCAUGCCUCCUCCCAACCGACCGGAGAGACAAGACAAAUGGAUCCCUUAUCCGCGGGUUACCGAUGCAACAUUCAUUCAAGGCGAUGACACCCACAAGGCCAAAUGGACUUAUGACCACAAGUUCCACCCUGUCAUUGCCACAACUUUGAACGGCGAAUCAGUGGCCACCCCUGCGAUGAUUCACGAGGAUUGGUUCAAGGUGUUGCAGAAGCCCAGCAGAUGCAGCUUCUUGGAUGAUAACCCGCUGUUUUCCUUCUCGUCCAUCAAGGCGAAUUUUGUGUCGCGUCUUCUGGGCUUGAAUGUGAAACGGUACCCGAUUCCCACCUCUCGUGCCCGUGCCCAUCUCUGGAAGUCAUGGAAAGGAAGCAAGGAAUUUGAUGCGAUCACGGCCCGGUGGCUUGACGAGAUCAUGUUACGGUCCGACCGUGUGCUCAAGCCAUAUUGGAGAAACCGGGAUAUGGGUCGGCUUGAGGCAGCCGCGGAUUAUCUUGAUGCCCAAGCGGAUACUGUCCUCGCUCGGGUGGACAUUGACCCCGAAGUCAGCUCCUGGACGCCAUUGGCCUUCAAGAUUAGUGAUCUCUCCAGUUUCGGGCAGGGAGGCGAUUCCCGCAUUAACACCCGAACCCUUUCAACCCAGCUACAAGACAGCGACACAGAGCUGCAUGUCCUCGCCAUGGACACUGGAACUUGGCCCAAUGAGCCCGGUGGUGUAUCUGCUUGCCGACGAGACAUGGUGAACGACCUCAAGGCCAUCCGUUGGCAUAUCCUGGCUGAAGCAGCCAAUGACUUUGGGGUUCCCCGGUUCCAGAUAGAAAGAAACGUCCAGUCGCUCACCGUGUUGCCGCAGUGGGGUCUGGACUUCAUGAAUCCCACCCAUGGCAUGUUUCAGAAUACACUGGACUCUGAAGUUGUGCAGAAAUCCCACGACACCAGGGUCGCGGAUAUUGAGCGCAACUUCAUACCCAUCCUGACUAGUAUCGUUCGUUGCGCACGAACCAUGCACAAGACCCGGGCCCAUAUUGAGGAAGCCACCAAGGCAUUGUGUGAUCUGAACACUUACUUCGAAUCGACCCGGAACUGGAACGACGUCUGGAUGAGUGACACGGUGAAGAGGGCCUGGCGGGAACUCUGGCUCACGGAGGACAUGGAAGACACCAUCCCGGUUUCGGAGUGGUGGAACUGCGAGCACCCUACGCUGCAGCAAUUGGAUACAGCGCUGGAUAUGUGGCAUCGCUAUCUCUUCAUCUUCUCAAUUCCCGUUCCGGAACGAAUCCCUGAUGUCUUUCAAGUGUCGCAUCAUUUCACCGGUGCCACAUAUGGUGUGAUGUGCAAGGUCAAGCGCAAGUGUGCCCUUCAUGUUUGGGACCACUGUGUCAGCUUCCGGGAGAUGACAACCUUCCUGUCUGCCGCUGUCUCUUUUGACUCCACGUUCGUGAACUCGACCCUAAUAUCUCUGGGCCAUCUCUCGUGUAUUCUCAUUGAGCAUCAUGCGGAUGUUGUCUUGCCCUGUGCCGAGUACUUUAACCCGGGCUGGGAGAUUGAACUGGGCACUUGUGAAGGUGUUCUGGAGCAUCGCCGGGCCUUCCAUCGCAAGAUCGAUCCGGUGGUCAACGGUAUCACCAGCAUGGAGAAAUACAAGCCCAUUGAGAAGAUCAAGACGGAGACGCCCACCGUUGUCAUGUUGUCUCAUAUCCGAUACGUCAAAGAUAUCAAGACAGCAAUCAUGGCCACCGAUCUCAUCGUUAAUCAGUGGGGAUUCAAAGACUACCGCCUCCACAUCUACGGCGAUAUGGAGCGAGCCCCUGGAUAUGCAUCGGAGUGCCAGGAGAUUAUCGCUUCCAAGUCUCUUCGAGACCACGUCGUCCUUAAAGGAUUGGGCAACCCCUCGGUUGUGCUUCAAGACGGGUGGCUUUUCAUGAACUCGUCCACAUCCGAGGGACUUCCCUUGGCGAUGGGAGAGGCCGCGCUUACCGGUGUUCCGGUGGUGUGUACCGAUGUUGGUGCCUCAUUCUGUGUUGUUAUGAACCGCGACACCGGCAAGAAAUUCAGUGAAGUCGUCCCACCCAACGAUGCCUUUUCGCUCGCUUCAGCUCAAAUCCAAGUUAUGGCGCUUCUCGGGGAAUGGAGCAAGUUUGCGGGUGACGAAGAAGGUUACGUGCCACCAUCCCUGGGAUUGCGGCCGUCACCCGAGGAAGUCAAGCGGAUCUCACAGCGCAUGUACGAGAAGGUCGAACAACGUCGCCAGUUCGGUAUGCAGGGUCGAGACAACGUGCUCAAGAGCUUUUCCAGCCACCGGUACCUCCGGGAACACGAGCAGAUGCUCUGGCUUGGCAAAUACCAGAGCCAGAGCUAUGUCGCUCGGGGAUCGUUGGCCUCUGCCGGCUCCAGUGGGUUCUUCAAGGAGCGAGUGACGAUCGAGCAGAUUCAGGAUCCUCUAUUGCCUCCAACUCCGCGGUGGCCGGGCGCUAGACGGGAAAGCCGUCGAGGGUAUUUUGGAUAUAGCUCGUCGAGUACGCAGUCUCUGUGCUGAGAGGUUGUGUUUCGAUGGCGCACAGAGGAAGGUUGUCGAGGAGAAGGAGCUGUAUAUAGAUGAUUGGAUGUCUUUUAGUAGCUAGACUUAAUCAGGAUAAUCUUAAUCGACCUCUUGGUACAUACCUGA